CAAGAUGGCGGCGCGGGCGGGCCGGGCCGGCGGGCUGUGAGGGAGCGGAACCGGGCCGGGCCGGGCGGCCCCGGGCCCCGCCGCCGCCAUGACCUACACAGCCGAGCAGCUGGAUGGAGUGCGGCGGAUAAAGCGGUGUCGGAACUACUAUGAAAUCCUAGGGGUGGAGAGGGACGCCGGCGAGGAGGAGCUGAAGAAAGCCUACCGCAAGCUGGCCCUGAAGUUCCACCCGGAUAAGAACCGGGCUCCCGGGGCCACCGAGGCCUUCAAAGCAAUAGGCAAUGCUUUUGCAGUUCUGAGCAACCCUGAGAAACGAUUACGAUACGAUGAAUUCGGCAGCGACCAGGAGCACGUCAGCACUGGCCAGGCCAGGCACUAUAAUUAUUACACAGAAUUUGAAGCAGACAUUACACCAGAAGAAAUAUUCAACGUGUUUUUUGGUGGGAACUUUCCUACAGGAAAUAUCCAUAUGUUCUCAAAUGUAGCCAGGGAUCCACACUAUUAUCCACGGAGACACCGAAAUGAAAGAGCAUGGACACAGGAGCAAGAAGAGGAAGAAAACAGGCCACAGAAUUCAUAUUCUGCGUUUCUUCAGUUGAUGCCAGUUUUCAUCAUCAUCAUUGUGUCAGUUAUAACUCAGCUGAUGGCCACAAACCCACCCUACAGCCUGUUCUACAAAUCGUCCAUAGGCCAUGUUGUUAGCAGAGAAACAGAGAACUUGCAGGUGCCUUAUUAUGUGGAUAAAAACUUUGAAAAGAAUUACCAAGGAGCAGAACUUCAAGAGCUAGAGAAGACUGUUGAAAAAGAUUACAUAGACUAUAUUCAGACCAGCUGCUGGAAGGAGAAACAGCAAAAGUCUGAUUUGUCAAAUUUGGCCAAGCUCUACAGAGAUGAGCGGUUAAAACAGAAAGCAGAGUCACUGAAACUUGAGCACUGUGAGAAGCUCUCCAGUCUGAUUGGGAUGCUCAAAGGGGGCUGACCAGGACACACACAGCCUGGAGCUUUAUUUAUUGCUGUUUUAACUUAUGUUUUUAUUUUCCUUUGUAUAAAAAGGGAAGGAGACCAUUGUAAGGAGUCGGAACAUGGGAUUUCUUCUGCCUGUAGUGCAGGGAUGGGCCAACACAGGCUGUAGAGCUCGUGUUUGCUGUAAUAUACUGUACACAAUACUUGGUUCCAAGGACCAGUGGCACUUUGUAAAUGAAUUCCCUGGGAAACACUAUUAGUUUGGAACCUGUCUUCAUGGAUAGCUUGUCUGCCAUCCAAACAGUAUGGACUUCCCAGGUGAGCAGACCAAUGUCUUUGCUUUCUGUGUUCCACAUGGACCAUGGGUGGCUGGUGGGGACAGUGCAGCUCUGGGUGUGAGGUGCUCUGACCUUCUGGGGCUGAGGCUGGGCAGGUGUCCUCCCUGCUGCAGCACUUGGGAGUUGAGAGGGAAGAGUUAACACACAGCACUUGAUCCAGAGGAGUCAAGGACCUGCUGGAGGUGAGCACUUGGGCAGGCUCCCAGCCCUCCCUGCUGUCCCUGUCCUCACCUGGCUGGGGGGCCGUGCCCGUCCUGUCCCCUGGUGGGACAACACACUGGGAUGCCCACAGCAACAGUGAGCAAGAAGAUGAGAGUCUGUGAAUUGCACCAAUUCCAGUGUCUGCCAAACUGUAGGGGCAGAACAACCGUAUUUAUUUUCCCAUAUGUUUUCAGUGGCAUCUUUUUAAGCUGGCUGUUGAAUUCUGAUUUUUAUCUGCAAACUCUUCUCCAGCUGUGACAGGGGCCCUGCUUUUUCUGGUACCAUUUUGAUGUAGCAUAUUUUUACUCUGUUGAGCAGUUAUGAAUGUUUCACUCUAUAGAUUAGCAUUGCAAAGAAACAGAUCCAUGUGGUAGUGUGCUGUUCUUUCUUCAUCCUUUACGAAACCGAGCACUUAAAAGCAGGUUGAGGAUGGGUUGUACUCCUCACAGCAGCAGAGAACAGGGUGUUACUCCAGUUGAGCAUCAUUAACCUCCUGAGGCAGUUUCUCUGGUGGGGUGCCAUGAGCGUGUCCCACACGUGGAACAAACUGUUUGUACAAAGGACAUCUCCAGGCAGCACAGGCACUGGAGGUGCAGGGUGAUGUGGGGACUCCCUGCUCACCUCUCUGACCUGGAGGCACGUGCCUCUUCAAACUGAACCCACUCUCUGUUCUUUCCCCCUUCCCAAAACUGGCUGCAAGCAGCACAGGAUGCCACAGAUGGCCUUGGCUUAAACCUAGGAAGCAAAGUGCUCAAAAGUUUGAGAAAUGCCAGAAUUAAAAAUGCAUUUAAAGCUCAGGCUUCAGGUCUCCAGCUGCCUGGCAGUCACAUACUGGUGCUUUGUCCCCUGGGCACCCUGAACCAGACAACUGGUACUGAGAGCAGGAGCUGAGACCACAGAUAGCAGAAGGUGUCCCCUUGAUGUCCCCAUCCAUUAGAGGGAGGUUGGCAGCAAACAAAGGUAGGAGUUGCAGGAAGGAGCAGCUUUUCUGGGGGUCUGCACCAGAGGGAGGAUGUUUGUCUUGGGUUUUGAGACUUGGUGCUUCUGCAGAUGAAACUUGCACAUCUCCUGUGUGAUCAGACCAUUGAGCUACAGCAAUAUUGGUGCUGUGGAAUGGGGGUGAGCUAAAAAAAAAUUAAUAAAAAGCAACAGAGUGACUCCUUAAAAUCACCAUUUUGUGUUAACAUUUGUUCCCCAUUGGGCAGCUUGGCAGGAGCUCUUGGGGAAGCUGAGCAGAGUCCAUCAGCCACUCAGGGUGGGAAGAGUGCCAGUUGUGAAACACUUGCAGUGCCAGAGUAUAAGGGCAAAAUUACUUGAUUUGGUUACUCUGGAUUGGAAAUAAAUCUGGCACUAGGACAGGCAGCCUUAAUUCUGGUAUUUCCCAGUUUUGAGCACGUAAUAGGAGCGUGUAUGAAAAGCAAAAUAUAUUUUAAUGUUGCUUUUUAUACACUAAAAUGUGAAAUAUGCUAAAGUGGUGGACUUUGUUCCAGGUUUGGUUAUCUUCUCUGUCAUUCCUGUUGGACUCCCAUGGCUCUGAAGUGACACCAUAGGUGGGGAGACCAAACAUUAUUGGACCUGUGAUGUCCUGCAUGGAGCUUGAAUUCGUACAUUGCAUUUUGCACUUAAAAUAGAUUGCACCUUUCAUCCAAAGAUCUCAAAAUGUGUUCUGGAGGUGGGAGACCACCCCUGAGAAGCACAGUAAUUUUUAAAGAGUCUUCUCUGCAACUGGGAAGGGGGCAAGGAUGAACGGGGAGAUAAAACUGGAAGGUAAAAAUCAUUCAAAAAGCAAUAAGGUGUUCUUUGUUCACAGUCAAGGGUGUUACAGAUGAUUUGCACGCUGGUGUUGGGGGGCUCUAAGGGCAUUUGGUGCUAAAAUGUCUUCAGUGAUAAACACAAGCACCUCUUUUUGUAAAGUGAUGGCACCCUACGGUGGGGGGGGGGAGGAGAACUGUUACCUGGUGGCUGUUGGCAUGCACUGCUGUCACCAACCAAAGGUUCCUUGCCAAAAUGCGACUGAUUUGGGAUUGUUUCUUGGGUCUCUGAGGGGAGAAGGUGACGUUGUCUGCACAGGUUGGAGCAGGCACCUGGUGCUGCACCGGGAUGCCCUCCUGUCCCGGGGGGCUCUAUGGACAUACAGAUGGCUUUAUGCAUAUAUAUAUAUAUGUAUUUAAUUGUGUUUUUUUUAAUGAAAGACUUACGUGUCCGUGCCUGUCUGUCCUGUGGUAAAAGCCUGACUUGAACCAAGA